AUGUCUAAUUUGGCUAGAAAGAAAAUUAAGCGAAAAAAUGCACCAGGAAAUAGGUCUGACCUGGGAUGGGAACAUGGUGUUGAAGUAGGUUCAAGGCAAGUUCAAUGUAAUUAUUGCAAAGAAAUUCAUAGUGGGGGUAUAUAUAGGCUGAAGCAUCAUUUAGCUGGGACUAGGAAAAAUGUUUCAGCUUGUCCUAGUGUGCCAGAAAAGGUGAGGGAAAAAUUUGCGACUCUUUUGUAUGCCCAAUCUGAAGCAUCUAUAAAAAAGAAAAGGUGGUAUACUAUAGAAGAAGAGGAUGAUGGCAAUGAUGAUGAAUUAGUUGAAGUACAACAACUACAUUCAUCAAAAGGGAGGGGCAAACACAUAGGCUCCAUGGAUAAGUUUGUUACAAAAAAUAAGCAAGUAACAAUGAAUCGUGUGUUUAAAAAAGGAGAACGUGAUCUAGUGAUCCAACAAAUUGCUAGAUUCUUCUACACUAGUGCCAUCCCUUUUAAUUGUGUCAAAAAUCCGGAGUUUCUGCAAAUGAUUGAUAUGAUUUCAAGAUUUGGGAUUGGCCUCAAGCCUCCUUCCUAUCAUGAGAUUAGGGAGACAUGCUUGAAGAAAGAGGUAGAUUUUACACAACAAAUGCUUGAAGAAUAUAAGAUUGAAUGGAAAAAAACAGGUUGUUCAAUUAUGUCUGAUGGCUGGUCUGAUAAGAAAAGGAGAUCCAUUUGUAAUUUUUUGGUGAAUAGUCCCAAAGGAACCAUUUUCCUAUACUCUAUAGACACAUCUAACAUAUCUAAAACAGCUGAAAAAGUUUGUCAAAUGUUAGAUGAAGUUGUCGAUAGGGUUGGAGAGGAGAAUGUUGUGCAAUUGGUGACUGACAAUGCUGCUAACUACAAACUAGCUGGAGAGAUGUUGAUGCAGAAGAGAAAGUGCCUGUUUUGGACUCCAUGUGCUGCCCAUUGCUUGGAUUUGAUACUUGAGGAUUUUGAAAAAAAGAUUAAGGACCAUAAGUACACAAUUGCAAAGGGGAAGAAGAUUACAACGUUCAUAUAUUCUAGAGCUAUGCUUUUAAAUUGGUUGAGGGAUUUCACUAAAGGGAGGGAAUUGAUUAGACCUGCUGCCACUAGAUUUGCAACAUCAUAUUUGACAUUGUCAUGCCUUAAUGAGUUCAAAGGAGAAUUGAUGGCAAUGUUUUCUUCUGAACAAUGGAGGUGUAGUAAAUUUGCAAAAACAAAAGAAGGGAAAAGAAUUCAUGCCAUAGUUAUGGAUAACAAUGGCUUUUGGCGACUUGUUGUCAAAUGCUUGAAGGCCGCAAUACCCCUUUUAAAGGUGCUUCGCCUGGUUGAUUCUGAUACACCUCCAAUGGGAUUCAUUUAUCAAGAAAUGGAAAAAGCAAAAGAAGAAAUACAGAAAAAUUUCAAUAAUGUUCAAAAGAGUUACAAAGAGAUAUGGGAUAUUAUUGAUGAUCGAUGGGAAAUGCAACUUCAUAGGCCUUUGCAUGCUGCGGGAUACUAUUUGAACCCUUCUAUUCAUUAUGAUCCUUCUUUUGAUCCGGGUUCAGAUAUUAAAUUAGGACUAUAUACGUGUCUUCAACGAAUGGUUCCAGAAGUUAGUGAUAGGAAAAAGAUAGAUAUGCAACUUGAAAAAUUCAAACAAGCAAAGGGACUCUUUGGUAUUGAAGCUGCCAUACUAGCCAGAGAUACCAAACAGCCAGCUGAAUGGUGGGACUCAUAUGGAGAUGAUUGUCCUGAAUUGAAAAAAUUUGCUAUAAGAAUAUUGAGCUUAACAUGUAGCUCAUCUGGUUGUGAAAGAAAUUGGAGUGCGUUUGAAAUGGUACAUUCAAAAAGGAGAAAUCGCUUACACCAGAAAAAAAUGAAUGACUUGGUCUUUGUUAUGUACAACUUGAAGAUAAAACAAAAAAGAGCUAAACCAUUGAGUACAAAAGAAGAAAUUGGUUUGGAGAAUUUGUCUUCUGAUGAUGAGUGGUUAGCAGCAGAUUCUGUAGAUUCAGAAGAUGAUAGUGCGGAUUUUAAUGAAGACAAUGAAGGUGAUGAUGAGGUUUCAAGAGUUGCUGCCAAAGGAAAAAGUGUGCUAGUUCAUGAUGUUAGUGAUGAAUUUCCUGAGAAUGAUGAUGGUUCUAAUGAUGAUGAUAGUGAUCGGCCCCCACCUGGAUUUGAGAGAGUUAGGGAUUUCGAUGAUUACGCCAUGGAUGUUGAUACUAGGAAGGAUAUAGAUGAUGAAAUGAGAUAUGACAAUGAUAGUGACUAG